AUGAGCCGAAUUGACAACCCCGAUCUAUUCACAGUUCACUCGACAGAACGAACAGACGGCCCUAGUGGAUAUAUUCUAAGGCAAGCCAAGAGAUCACAAAAGGGCCAAGAUGACUUGAAAGCAGUAGAAACCACCAAGACUUUAUAUGUUGGCAAUCUGUCAUUCUACACAUCUGAAGAGCAGAUUUUUGAACUGUUUUCUAAAGCAGGUGAGAUCACCCGAAUCAUCAUGGGACUCGAUAGAUUCAACAAGACGCCAUGUGGAUUCUGUUUCGUAGAGUACGAGACUCAUAAACAAGCAGUUGACUGUGUUAAAUACAUCAAUGGCACGAAGUUAGACGACCGAGUGGUCAAAGUGGACCUUGACCCGGGAUUUGUAGAAGGAAGACAGUACGGACGAGGCAGCAGUGGGGGUCAAGUGCGUGACGAGUUCCGAGAUGACUACGACCCAGGCAGAGGAGGAUACGGAAAGCGGUGGUCACAAGCAGCACAGGCCGACAGAGAUGCUCUAUGA